AUGCCCGCACAACUGCAGUCGAACCCUCCAAAAAAAGGGCGACCAUCGUCUGAGCUGGCCGCAGUAAGCAAUGGCAUCAUCACAUCACCCCAAUCAAAUACCCCAAUGCCAGUUGCUGAGCUCACUCCGCAACAGGAGAGAAAAAUUAGAUCCCUUGAAGCAAGCAUAUCCAGGCUUCAAUGUCAAAUAACCCAAACAGAAAAGCUUCUUUCAGAGGCUCAGGAGAAAUACAAGGCAACUCAUCCCGCAAAUGAUCCUCCACCCGACCCAGCAUUCAUAGUGAAACGCCACAUUCGCCUUCUCCACGAAUACAACGAAAUCAAAGACAUCGGCCAGGGUCUGCUCGGACUGAUUGCGGAAGGUAGAGGAGUCAGAUGUGUAGACGUGCAAAGGGAGUAUGGGAUUGGCGGUAAUGAUUGA